AUGGCUUUCCAGCACCGUCGUCCAUGGUGCCUCAUAGCGGUAGCCGCAGCAGCAGCUCUCCUCCUCUCCCAGCUGAUGACCGCGGGGCUCGCCGCGACCGGCCCGGGCGACGUGGCCGUGUACUGGGGCCGGCACAAGGACGAGGGCACGCUGCGCGAGGCGUGCAACGCCAGCGCGUACACCACCGUCAUCAUCUCCUUCCUCAGCGCCUUCGGCCACGGCACGUACAAGCUCGACCUCUCGGGCCACCCGGUGGCGGGCGUCGGCGACGACAUCGACUACUGCAGGUCCAGGGGCAAGCUGGUCCUCCUCUCCAUCGGCGGGCAGGGCGGCGAGUACUGGCUGCCCUCGGCGCAGUCGGCCACCGACGUGGCCGACUACCUGUGGAACGCGUUCCUCGCCGGGUCCAGCGCCGGCGUGGCCCGGCCCUUCGGCGGCGCGCAGGUGGACGGCAUCGACUUCUUCGUCGACCAGGGCGCGACGGAGCACUACGACGUGCUGGCCCGCCGCCUGUACGGCUACAACCGGUACUACCGCGGCGGCGGGAUCACGCUGACGGCCACGCCGCGGUGCGCGUACCCGGACCAGCGGCUGCAGGGCGCGCUGGCCACGGGGCUCUUCAACCGCAUCCACGUCCGCCUGUUCGGCGGCGACCUGCAGUGCGAGUGGGGCCAGUUCGACUCCUGGGACAAGUGGGCCAAGGCGUACCCCGGCAGCAGGGUAUUCGUCGGCGUGGUGGCGUCGCCGGAGGCCGACGAUGGCGCCUACAUGUCGCAGAAGGACCUCUACUAUGGCAUCCUGCAGUUCGCGGAGAAGGUGCCCAACUAUGGAGGACUCAUGAUCUGGGAUAGGUACUACGACGAGAAGAACCAUUACAUGGUCUAG